GGCUGUCGAACACUUGUGUUGAGCACAUCACGCGAGGGCCCUUUAAAGAUCUGGAUUGAUCGGAAGGACAAAAAUUAAAAGCAAUCUGAUCCAGCCCCACGCCGGAUCCCUGUGGAUUUGCUCCUUGUCCCGUAUCCCGUUUCCCUUCAUGGUCACAAUCUGAGCGUCGGCUCGAUCUGAUCAGCUUCACCUCCGGGGGAGGUGGACUGCCAAGGUUAAGAGGACAAAAAGUUACAGGCAACUUUUUGAUCUGCCCAUCAGCAAUCUGAGAAACGCUGGCUCUGUGUUUUCUGUAUCAGCUGUUUGGAAAACACACACACACACACACACACGCACACGCGUACAAGUUGCUCACUGCAGACCUGCAGUCUUGAGUCUCUGGGACAUCCCAGCUACCAUUGCCUGGUAGAUGUGGCGCUUCCAUGCUGAGGCCUCGAGUCCCCCCUGACCCUGCCGCUCCCUGUCCUGGUCCUCUUUGGGCCACACCCCUGUGGACUGGGCAGCCAUGCUGCACCUGCUGAUCUUUCUUCUGCACUGCCUCCUGCUGGCCUCUGGGGACUACAACAUCUGCAAAUCCUGGGUGACCACAGAUGAAGGCCCAACCUGGGAAUUCUAUGCCUGCCAGCCCAAGGUGAUGCGGCUGAAGGACUACGUCAAAGUGAAGGUGGAGCCCCCCGGCAUCACCUGUGGAGACCCUCCUGAGAGGUUCUGCUCCCAUGAGAAUCCGUACCUGUGCAGCAACGAGUGUGAUGCCUCCAACCCAGACCUGGCACAUCCUCCUCGGCUGAUGCUGGACAAGGAGGAGGAGGGCCUGGCCACCUACUGGCAGAGCGUCACCUGGAGCCGCUACCCCAGCCCGCUGGAGGCCAACAUCACCCUCUCCUGGAACAAGAGCGUGGAGCUCACGGACGAUGUGGUGCUGACCUUCGAGUAUGGCCGGCCCACCGUCAUGGUCCUGGAGAAAUCUCUGGACAACGGGCGCACGUGGCAGCCCUACCAGUUCUACGCAGAGGACUGCAUGGAGGCCUUCGGCAUGUCGGCGCGCCGGGCCCGGGACAUGUCCUCAUCCAGCGCACACCGCGUGCUCUGCACUGAGGAGUACUCGCGCUGGGCUGGCUCCAAGAAGGAGAAGCACGUGCGCUUCGAGGUGAGGGACCGCUUCGCCAUCUUCGCCGGCCCCGACCUGCGCAACAUGGACAACCUGUACACACGCAUGGAGAGCGCCAAGGGUCUCAAGGACUUCUUCACCUUCACCGACCUGCGCGUGCGCCUGCUGCGCCCUGCCCUCGGCGGCACCUAUGUGCAGCGGGAGAACCUGUACAAGUACUUCUAUGCCAUCUCCAACAUCGAGGUCAUCGGCAGGUGCAAGUGCAACCUGCACGCCAACCUGUGCUCGGUGCGCGAGGGCAGCCUGCAGUGCGAGUGCGAGCACAAUACCACCGGCCCGGACUGCGGCAAGUGCAAGAAGAACUUCCGCACGCGGGCCUGGCGCGCCGGCUCCUACCUGCCGUUGCCGCACGGCUCGCCCAACGCCUGCGCUGCUGUGGGCUCGGCCUUCGGCAGCAUCGGCAAGGCCCAGAAGGAGCCUGCGCCCCAAGCCCCCGCGGUCACUGAGGCCCCGGGCAGGGGCUCCACCUCUCCCACCCCUCCCACGUCCACUUCCCCAGCCCCCCCAGUCCCCCCCAGCCCCCAGCCCACAGGUGGGUACCAGAGCCUCCUUUGGCUGCCUCUAGCUGGAGUCCCGGCCUUCCUCAAGCCUGAGGACCCUAGGUGCUUGCUUCUUAGAGUAGAAAAUGCUAGAACCCUAGAGGUACAAGAUCCCAGGCAGAGGGGGCCUCCAGACCUCCCCGGCCAACCUGCCACCCAGCCCCAGCCACAAGAUCCAGACAGCAUCGUCAGUUCAAGACGUCCGACCCCAUGGUCCUCCGCCCCAGGGGGGCGCUUACUGUGACAGCGAGGCCACCCUCACUCCACCAAAGACGGGGCCCUG